AUGUUGUUCUUCCGAUGGCUGGCCAUCGCGCUCGGUGCUCAGUUUGCCCGAGGCGAAGAUCUGCCGAUGAAUGAGCGAUGUGUGACCGCCAUCUACAACGCAUACAACUACGUCUCCUUUGCAGGCGCCUUCAAGGGAAUGUGGGAUACUCGGUGCCAAAACCCCCUCAAAGUUGCAUCUAUAUAUGCAGCUAGUGAUGUGUAUUGCCGGAACCAGGAACGAACAAUUGGGCUUGCGCACCUGGCUACAUUGUGUCAAGAAUUCGGCCAUCGCGAGCUGCUCCCAAGAGAGGCCGUUGCGGAAAAUUUGACCAGAGAUGCCAUUCGUAAUAUGCGCACCGUUGCCUACUUGGAAGUAUCCAGAGCCGAAAUGCUUGACAGUCCGGUCCUUCUCUCUGCGUCUUACUUCAAUCGAAUGUUUAAUACAAUCGGCUCAUGGCAGUUUGAGACUUGGUCACAUCAUGCAUUUGGCUACAUUGGAUAUGUCUAUUGGGCCAUUGUAUUGAUAUGUGGAGCUGUCUAUCGAUUAUUCUGUUAUGCAUUUCAUCCCCGCAAAUUUCGAGGAGAGCCAGGCUUGGAAUCUCACGUGUAUCCCCGAUCUGGCAUCUGCCAUGUCUUACCAUGGGUGGAACGUGUCUUUCGUUGGCUCCAGACCCAUUUCAUUAUUCCUGCACCUGUUGCCGCAAAAGGCCGAAACUUGGUAGGUUUUACAUUCUCUAACCGGGCUGAGUCACUCGUGGUGGCAGGCUUUUGGCUCAUCAGCAUCGUCUUGAGCCUGGUGGGCUAUCGGACGUUUCCAGGAAAUAUUUACUGGCCUGAUAUUUCCAGCCAGAUCUUACGCUAUUCGGCUGACCGAACCGGUAUCAUGUCAUUUGCGAACUUCCCCUUACUGUGGUUGUUUGGCGGGCGAAACAACAUAUUGAUCUGGGCGACAGGAUGGAGCUUUUCUACCUUCAGCGUUUUUCAUCGCCAUGUUGCGCGGGUGGCUACACUACAGGGUGUAGCACAUUCAUUUCUCUACUGCGUGAUCAUCGUUCGAACCAAUAAACUAUGGAAAGACCUUUCAAAGUUAUAUAUACUAUGGGGCGUACUGGCGUUUUUUGUAAUGAUCCUGUUACUUAUCACCUCCUUGGGGCCAAUUCGAAUCGCGACAUACGAGGUCUUCUUGGUCACACAUAUCCUGUUUUCCGUAAUUUGCCUCAUUGGGUGCUUUUACCACACCAUAAUAUUCGAGGGGAACGAGUACUGGAAAUAUCUGUGGCCGUCUGUGGCCGUAUGGGCUAUCGACCGGGCUUUAAGAAUCGUUCGACUUUUCUGCUGCAAUAUUCACGUCCAGUUUUCCAGCCGCAAUAUUAUUCGUGGCUCCGAGAGCCGCAUGACAUAUGACGAAACAGCCGAUGUGAUUCGGCUCGAAGUGACGCCAGGUACCCGACUACAGUUCACUCCGGGUGACUAUUACUUCCUGUAUCAACCAUUUCGAUUGAAAGGCUGGGAGAACCAUCCUUUUACCGUCGGAGCCAUAUCAUACGAAGUCGGACAUGCACAGCAAUCAUCCCAAGCAUCCCGAGGGAAGCCGGACGACUUGUGGGACGCUUCUGAGCUGCCCCUCCUGUCCGAGACGCAAAGAAAAAAUAACGAGGAAACAACGGAGGAAUUCGCCCGAGAAGAGGACACUGCCCGGUUGAAGUUGAUUUUCUGGAUUCGCCCCUACGACGGCUGGACGCAGCAGCUGCGACAACAGUGCCUGCAUUGCAAGAGUCAGUCGGUGGAUGCAACAAUUCUAUUAGAGGGGCCUUACGGACACAACUUCCCGCUUUGGAGAUACGACUCGGUCUUGAUGAUUGUGGGUGGCACUGGAAUUGCUUCGGCCGUGCCCUAUCUCCAGGAUCAUCUCCGGCGAACUGGUGAAGCCCAGAGCCACAUCAAUGAGGAGACACGAAUUCGGGAUAUCGAGCUGAUUUGGACUGCAAGACAAUCGGCUCUGCUUUGUGAUAUCGCUAGCCGGGAGCUAGCCCCCGUUCUUGCGCGAGAGGAUUUCCAUGCCUCUUUCUAUACUACCGGUGCUUCUGUUGAAACUUUGCAGGAUCGUAACAGGCCCCGCUGUGUCAUUCGGACAGGCCGGCCUCAACUCCAGUCACUCAUCAUGCGCCGUGCCUGCGAUGCGUCCGCUGCCGGUGUAUCGCUCGUCAUUUUCGUAUGUGGCCCGGCCGAAAUGGCCGAUGAAACACGUGCGGCGACACAUCAAGCAAUGCGACAGGGCUACCGGUCGAUCAAAUAUGUGGAAGAGUCUUUCACCUGGUAG